CAGCGCCCGCCGGCAGGCCGGCGGCGGUGAGCAGGCCCCCCACCGCCGCCAGGAACCCUCCGUCCCAGGAGCCCGAGGCCGCUUUGGGCCCGGCGGAGAUUCCUAGAUGGCUAACGAAUCGAGGCCCUGCCCGUGUGGUAUUGGAGACAGAUUUGACUACAGAGGCCGUGGGCAGGAAGUACAAGUUGAGCACAUCAAGGCGUAUGUUUGCAAACCUGCCAGCACAGACAGAGCUGUGAUUGUGAUUCAUGAUAUAUUUGGAUGGCAACUCCCAAACACCAGAUACAUGGCUGAUAUGCUUGCAGCUAAUGGAUACAUAGCCAUCUGCCCAGAUUUUUUUGCAGGAAAAGAACCUUGGAAGCCUUCUGAUGACUUCAGCAAGUUUGAUGAUUGGCUGAAAACUCGAGAUGCCAGGAAAAUAAACAAAGAAGCUGAUGCUGUCCUGAAAUAUCUAAAGGAACAGUGUGGUGCAAAGAAAUUAGGAGUCGUUGGUUUUUGCUGGGGUGGUGUUGCUGUGCAUCACCUGAUGAUGACAUACCCGGAAUUGAAGGCUGGUGUAUCUCUCUAUGGACUAAUCAAGGAUUCUGAUGAUAUAGCCAAUCUCCUGAACCCCACUUUUUUCAUUUUUGCUGAAAAAGAUGAUUUCAUUCCCCUUCAUCAAGUCACCCUGCUGGAGGAGAAGCUAAAGAGGGAUUGUAAAGUCGAUUAUAAAGUUAAAAUUUAUCCUGGACAAACUCAUGGUUUUGUACAUCGCAAAAGAGAAGAUAUCAAUCCUCAGGAUAAGCCUUACAUUGAGGAGGGAAGAAAGGAUAUGAUCAACUGGCUGAAUAAAUACAUUUAAUAGAAGAGCAAGCAACUUAAUUUGUAACACAAUUAUGUAAUACACUGGAGGUUUUUGAUAACACAUUUUAGAAGAUUAAAGCAAAAAGCAAACAGAAUA